UACAGUGUUGUGGUUUUUGUCUCUUUCCCUCUCUCUCGGGGCCAAAACAACAACAGCAGAAAGAAAAGAAAAGUCGGCAUUUCGCUGAAGGUUGGACCAAUUCAACUAAACCUGCUUGCCGAAAAAUACAAAUGGAGAACCUCUCGAACUUGGAAAUGACUGCCAAUUCGGUUACAGGCGCGAACAAGACCCGCCCUUACAUCUGYAGAGCUUGUAAAACAGAGCUCAGUGAUAUGACGAUUUUGAGAGCUGGUGGCUCGUAUUGGCAUCAGGAAUGCCUGGUCUGCCAGGACUGUGGUCAACUGCUUGAACAGAGGUGUUUUAUUCGUGACGGUAUGGUUCUGUGUGCCGAUGACUUCUUCAGGCGAUUUGGGCCAGUUUGCUCAGGMUGYAAUCAAACCAUACUUGCCAGUGAAGUUGUUCGUAAGAUUAAGUCCAAAAUUUACCAUCUUGRCUGCUUGUGCUGUAUCGCGUGCAAAAAACARCUCGAAACGGGAGAUCAGUUUUACAUGCUCGAAGACGGGAAGGUCAUUUGCAAGGAUGAUUACGUCGAGAAAACUAAAACUGGUAAGAAAAGGACAUCGUUGAAAGAAGACAGAAAGGCUCUUUCUCUUUGUCCCGUUCUUCCCACCCCCACGCCACACCUUAUGACCCCCUUCCCCCGCCCCUCCCCACACCUCCAUGAACUAAAACUGCAUUUACCAACCGAAGCUACCGACAUGGCUGGCCAAGAAAAGAAGCGAGCCCGYACAUUCAUCAACACAAGUCAGCUGUCUCGUCUUAUGCACGCCUACUACAAUAUGCCUAAACCCAACCUAAUAGARCGCCAGCGCAUUGCUACAGAAAUAGGACUGGACAUGCGCGUUGUGCAAGUCUGGUUUCAGAAUCGCCGUGCAAAGGACAGACGGAACUUGAACAAGCCGAUGCAUCUGCAAUCCACCAAUCGCAGAAAGAAGCACUCUCGCUCAAACACGUGGUCAGCAGGGAUGUCACGUGGUGCGGAAUUUGACAACGACGAGGACGCCUGCAGUGAAAUUUCAGAUUACAGUGACAUUUGCCGUUCAAGAGAGGACCUAAGGAACCCACCUCAGUCGAGCAGUCCCUGGARCCACAGCCCUAGACGCGAUGAAGGGUCAUCCCCGUCAACAUUCACGGAAACCCAGCAGUUAGAUUUCCAUGCCCUGCCCAAAAUAUCAAUGCCCCCAAUCAAGGACUUGAACUUCUCAAUUAGUGACGUCAGAACGGUGACGUCAGAAGUUUCCCAGAACAUCCAAGGAAUGUCUAUUAACAGAUUCAACUUGCCAAACGGGACUAACAACGUUGCCAUGGGAAGUGCUUCGAGAAUGUUUGGAGAUUACAGCCAAACCUUGCCAUACUGGAACACUUAUCUCAACGCAAUGACGAGYAAUCCAUCUAACUUUGUUGAUUCAGCAUUUCCGACGAUGUCGUCACACUAUUUCCAGUCUCCCCUAUGCAGUACUGUUGGAAUUAGCCCACGGUAUGGGGAAKCCUUUCAAGGGACUGGUAAAGGAAGCAACAAUUACCAAUCCUAACUCACUAUGGAGUAAAUGCAUGUUUUCAAC